CAUAGCUAAAUUAUUUAAUCUUACCAUGAAAUAAUAAUUUAACCUGCAGUACUCCAAAUGUCAUAACAAAUGCAUAAUAUUUAUUUUUAUUAUUACAUAUAUAUACAUAUAUAUAUAUAUAUAUAUCGUGAAACCGUGAUCGUAAUUUCCAAGUCAGUGCAUUGAAGUUCGCGGUUGAGUCCGCGGGAAAUCGAUUAAAAAAAAAAAGUCACUUAUUUUUACUAGUAUAUGCACCUGUGUAAUUUAUUUUUAUAUAAAUUUAUAUAUUUAUAUUUAUAUUAUAGACUUAGACAGUGUCUGUACCUCUGGCUAUAUUUAUCAUCGGUGAAUACUGGCAUGAUUGCCAAGCCUUGUAUUACCCGCGAUCCUUAAUCUAGGAUAAAAAAUGACGUUUGUAUUUAAAUUCUAAGUGAUUUACUUGUUGAUGAAUAAAAGUGGGUUGAAAAUGAAACUAAAGCUCGAUGAGGAGGACAAUGACGUGAUAUCAGCGACUCCCACUUGGUUCUGUGUUUUACAAAAGCUCGGAGAGUCUGCGGCUGUUGUGGAAAAAUAAAAAAAUAUAUAAAGGAACUGAUAAAGCAGAGGAAAAAAUAGGCCGGGUGAAAAACAAAUGGAGUUUUUUUAUUUUUAAAAUAAAUUAAAUGGGAUUUUAAUAAGAAAUAUAAGAAAUUUAAUGGCAUGAUGAACGGAGAAUUUGGAGCGGGUGUUAUUUAUGAUGGGAGAAAUAAAUUUGAAUUUAAAAAAUUAUUAAUAAUUGUAAAUAAUGACGGUUUCGUAUCAGUACGAGGUCGCAAGCUCGACGAGCGGCGGAUUUACGAGGCUGCUUUUUAUGUGGCGCGGUUCUCUUUACAAAUUAAUUUACAGAGAAUUACUACUUUUUUUGCUUUUCUUUGGUAUUAUUUCUGUUAUCUAUAGACAUGUUUUGACGAUAUCUCACAAAAGGGAGUUCGAGAAACUUGUUAUUUAUUGUGAUACAUUUGUUAGUCUUAUACCACUGAGUUUUGUUCUGGGAUUUUAUGUUGCUUAUGUAGCUGGACGGUGGUGGCAACAGUAUAUGGCCAUUCCUUGGCCUGAUAAAGUGAUGCACCUGGUAGCCCUAUACGUGACAGGCAACGACGAAUACGGACGGAUGCUGCGUCGGUCAUUGAUGCGAUACCUCAACCUGUCACUGAUCCUAGUCCUGCGAUCCAUAAGUUCAGCAGUAAAACGCCGGUUCCCGACCCUAGAACAUGUCGUCGACUCGGGUUUCAUGACUGCUCUUGAACUGGAGCUCUUCCAGUCAGUCCCGAGCUUGGAAUUCAACACCUACUGGAUUCCCUGCACCUGGUUUAUAAAUUUGCUUAAAGAAGCGCGGCGCACUCACCGACUGCCAGACCCCCAGGGCCUCAAAAUAAUAAUGGAGGAGUUCAACGACUUCAGAUCUAAAUGCGGACUGCUCUGGAGCUACGACUGGGUCUCGAUUCCUCUUGUCUACACCCAGGUCGUCACUCUGGCCACCUACAGCUUCUUCGUCGUGGCUCUCGUAGGGCGACAGUACAUCGAGGGCUCCAAGAAACCUUUUCAAAUGCCUCUUGACGCCUACCUGCCUAUUUUUACUAUCCUGCAAUUUUUUUUCUACAUGGGUCUGCUCAAAGUCGCCGAGCAGUUGAUUAAUCCGUUCGGUGACGAUGACGAAGACUUUGAAUUGAAUUGGCUCAUUGAUCGUCAUACCAAAGUAUCAUAUCUGGGGGUCGAUGUUCUUAUGAAUCGAUGCCCGCCUCUCGUUAAAGAUUUUUAUUUUGAUUCGGAAAAUAUUAUUUUACCUUACACUGAAGCUGCUGCCGCUUAUAAACGUAAAACUUAUCGUGGAAGUGUUGCUAAUAUGACAGUUCCUGAAGAAAAACAAACAUUGUUUUUACCAGAUAUUAUUGAAGAAGAAGAUGAAAAUACGCAUGUGCCUACACCUAAAACAUCAUCAGUUAGUUUAGCGACAAAUCCAAAUGAAAGUCCUGUUACCAAUAGGCGCCAGAUCAUCGGGUCGCCUUCAGCGACUCCAAAAAAGACUGAAAGCUUUACCGAAACAAUUAUUCAGCUGGACAAUUCAGAACCAGUAGAGCCUCCGCUACCAGAGCAAUCCUUCGACCGGCAGCACACCCCCGGGCCCGUGAAAAGAAAUUCCCGAUCGUUCCAGUGGCUGGAGCUGAAUCGCAAGCGUCUCAUUCCUACAUCGAAGCUGGCCAAAGUAAACGUCCGACCUUGGCCCAGUGCAACGAAUCUCCAAGAAAGUACGUUGUCUUACGACUCUGGUCCCAAGUCCUCCUCGAUCCAGAGCCCGCCACCUUCAAUCAGCGUCAGCUGCGGUUCCGACGAACCCAACGAAGACCUCCACGGGUUCUUCAACUCAGGGUUCUCCCAGGAACAUCUUCCAGACACCGACAGGCUUCCAGGUGCCCACAGAAACUCAUUUGAAGUGUACGAGGACCCAAACUCUGCCACCGCGAAGCCGAAGAAGUCCCGGUCAAGAUUUUUAGUGAGACGACAGAGUUCCGUCAGCAGCAGCAAGAAGAGAAAAAUAUUCCGAUGGAAGCGGCCACUGGGGUCAACCCAAUCGAGACGUAAGACAAUCGACUCGGUACCUUCUGCUGCUGAAAUAAUUCCUCAGACAAGUAGUUCGCCAAAUUUGGAGAGUCUCACAACGACCCAAAUUAUUAUUCCCACUCGCGCGGCUUCUGAAGACAGGGACCACACGUUAGAUCUUUUUAAUAAAGACGUUGAUCUGUGA